UCAAGCACACGUGUUAGGUUAUAAAUUAUUAUUUUCGAUAAAAUCCAAAUAUAUAGCCAAAUAAAUAUUGUUGCCAAAUGUUACUUCAUAAUAAAAUGGGCACCGACGAAGCCAAACUGAAAGAUUUUAAGCUAAAACCGAUGAAGUGUGAGCUGAAUUUUCUCAGUAAAUCGGACGGUUCUGCUAUUUUGUCUCAAGGUAGUACAGUAGCGUUGACUAGCGUCAAUGGACCUCUGGAAGUUAAAAUGUCUAGUCAGAGUAUAGAGAAGAGUACGUUGGAAGUUCUCUUUAGCCCUAAAGGCGGGAAACCUUCUGUAAAAGACAGGUAUAAAGAGAAUGUGAUCCGUCAAACGUGCGAGGAGGCCAUCCUAAGCAGCCUGUACCCUCGCACCGGCAUCACUGUCACAGUGCAAGAGCUUGAGGACUAUGGAGGGCUCCUAUCAACGUGCGUGAACUCCGUCUGCCUAGCCCUAAUAAACUCCGGCGUGGCGAUGCGUCACGUAUUCGCAGCGGUACUGUGUUGUGUAGACGAGCACGGAGACAUUCUACUUGAACCUGAGGCUGACCAGCUAGAUGCUGCGAGAGCUGUGUUGAGCUUCGUCUUUGAUGAACGAGACAAGAGUCUUGUUACAGGCUUCACCGAGGGCAAUUUCAGCGAAGACACGUACAAAGAGGCCAUGGAGCGGUGCCGGUUCGCUAGCGACCUAGUGUUCGCCUUCUAUAGGGAUAUUGUUAGUAAAUACUCGAAAGUUAUUGGAUGAUAGACGUUUGAAAUUGAGGUGGUUGUAAAU